CUACGUUUGGUUGAGAGCGCGCCGGCAGAAACGGCUUCUUCCGGUCAAAAGCAUCUGGAACCGAGAACUUUGAGAUGGCAGAUCAAGAAUCACAUGAAACCACCCAGGAUGGGAUUGCUGCCAACGCAACCAAAGCCCCUGGGGUUGAUAACGAUGGUGCGAAAGCCAGUUCACCAAUUUCAGUCUCGCAAUUCAUGAUGAGCAACAAGGCAGAAUCAAUCAUGUGGCUGCUUCGAGUAUUCACACUGGUGUCAACAUUCUUUUUUCUGUUUCCCAUUUUUGGAGUUGCUGAAGGUGGAUAUUUCUACCAGAGAGCAUUACUGGCUAAUGCCCUGAUCAGUGUUUGCCGGUUGCACCAAAGGCUUCCCAGAUUCCAGUUCAGCAGAGCCUAUAUCACACAAGCACUCCUGGAGGAUAGCUGUCACUACUUCCUGUACUCACUUAUCUUUAUUACCUCCUAUCCCAUCACCUUAUGUUUGGUACCAGUGGCAGUGUUUUCUCUGCUUCACGCAACUACUUACAAUCGGAAAAUCUUAGAUAUUAUUGGUCCUAAUUCAAUACCAUGGAUGCGAUCCUUCUUAGACAAGAUGACAAUGCACCAGCAGAUCCUGUUCAAGUUCAUCGCAUGCAAUGAGAUUCUCUUGAUGGCUGCAAGUGUCUUUAUGUUGCUUGGAGGCCGGGCUCAUUUAUUCCUCCCCUUUUUCUAUUAUCGUUUCAUGACCUUAAGGUAUGCAUCUCGGAGAAAUCCUUACUGCAGGACAUUGUUUUAUGAGCUUCGAGUGGCAACAGAGCAGCUGACAGCCAGACCUUCCUGUCCGACUUUCCUCCAAAAAGCAUGUCACAAAGUUAUAAAGCUCAUCUGUAAGCUGGCUCCAGGGUCAUAGAGUUCGAAAUUCUCCUUAACAUGAGAGAAUUUGCAAUUGGUGACAUUCUUUAUUCCUUAGGAUUCCAUGUAACAUGCCUAUAAUUUAUGUUGUGUACGUUUUUUUUGGUUUUCUUUUAAGGAAUGGCAUCUGAAAUUAGCAUAUGUGAUGAUGUUUUAUGUUCUCAAUUCCAGGUGGCGAGGGUUGCCUUUAUAAAGUAUGUUUGCAUUUGAUUAAUAGACAAUGAGAAUGGAUUUUAUAUGAAUGUGUGUGCUCAGUUUGGUCUGAGGAUUGUGAGCGAGGUCUAAUCAACGUGCAAAACAGACACUGGGUUACUUUGUCACCCAUGCAUCACUUGACUAUCCAUUUUCUUGCAUUUGUUUCAAGACGAAGUGUAACCAAAUAUCCACCCUCCAUGCGAAAAAUGGCUGUCGUUGCAUUAGAAGAAUUUAAAAUCGUACCAAGGGUAGUUUGUAGUAAAGGAUUAGAUUUUUAAUGCUGGAUUCAUAUACAUCUUUACGGGAAAAAAUGCAUAUUUAACAGGUGUAGAUACUUUUAAAAGAAAUAUAGAGAUAUAUUCUAAAUGAUUUCUGUAAAGUACACAUAAGGCUUAUUACUCAGGCUCUCCUCAUUGUUUUUGUGGCUUCAACUAUUAGAAUGGCACAAAUGACCUCCAUUUUCUCAGCUCAUCCUCAGGGAUUGAUAUCUUUAACUUUUUGCUUAGUGAGGUUAAUAAAUUAUGGUGAUAACUCUUGACACAUCGUAAGAAGUUUCUAAAUAAGUUUUACAGGUCAGCUUUGUAUACCAGCAGUCUCUUGAAUAUUUCAUGCCUGUGUCAAUAACAUUGCCAUGAAUAGAUAACUCCCAGAAAUACUGUGAAGGUCAAUUCUGUUUUGUCAGGUUACAAUGGGAGGUGUUAGAGUGGACCUUGUUUUUCUAUCACUUUGAAUAAUUUUCAGAUAUUUCUUGGAAGCAGCUUUUUUUGGCAAAUUUAAAUAUAUAACUGUCUCUAGAUAAAGCUGCUUCCAUGUGAUGUGGACAAUGUCACUGUGUAUGAGUGAACACCUGUACAACACUUGAUAUCUUUAAACCAAUCAAUUACUAAAGUAAAAGCAAACAAAAACUCUGGAUGCCGAAAACCUGUAAUGGGAAUGUGAACAUUUUCACGCAAUCAGGCAUUAUCUGUGGAUAUUGAUAUGGGAUCUUAACUCUAAUUCUUUCACCUAAGUUACUCGUGCCUUGUUCGGAGUUUUCAGCAGGACUCGCCACUCCACUGGUACUGGUUUAAAAUGAAGACCGUGUAAUUUCAGCUUUGAUUUAAAAUGUAACGUUUCUUAAAAAUCUAAAUCAUGUAAAGACCGUGUGCAGGAUAUUAUAAAUGUGACCCCUAAAAUUCUUACAGAUUUUAUAUACCAUACCCUGGCAGGGUGGGUCAGUUCUGGCUUGACCACAAAGCGGGAGCAGAUGUUGUGACCCAUUUUCUUUUAUAGAUAAGUUUGUUCUCACUUUUCAUUUAGCUUUCAUUGGCUGUGCAGUGAUUUGGAACUGUUUGCUUUACCCCACCUCCCUUUGCACAAACCCUCACUCUAACCUUCACAUGACAAUUUUCCAUUAUGGGAGUUUGAAUGAUUUGCCUGCAUGAUCAUACAUUCCAUGAUAUAUUUUAUCAUAUUUACACUAUACACUGAAUCAUUGUUGCCAACUUACACAAAAUGCAAGGUAAGCUGUUCUGAAGGAUGAGGCGGAGCAAAGGGGGUGAAUAACUGAAGGGCUCCAUAUCAUUUGCGGUUUCCAUGUGAAAAUUCUCAAUGUCAGGAAAAUACAAGCAGAAGCUAGGUGUUUUCUCAAAGGAAAGGGACAAGACAGUCAUGAGUGUUUUAUUGUCAUAUGUCCCAGAUAGAGCAAUUAAAGUCUUACUUGCAGCAGUACAACAAAAAAUGUAAACAUAUAUAGACUGAAAAGUCACAAUAGACCACUCUUGUAUAUUUCCUUAUAAAAGAGCCCAAGAAUGUCGAGCAAUGAAUCACCUUGGCAUAUAAUGAAUUUUAGAAAUUGUGCAAAUCCACCGAGCAAUCAUAAAAAUUGUUGAAAAUGAGGCCAGUUUAAUUAAAUGGUUGUAAAAGUUGUCACUUAUUACAAAUGGUUCAGUCUGAAUUGAAGGCAAUGCUAAAGAAAUAUAUUUUUUAUUUUCAUUCAAAAACUUGAUUAUGUUUAAAAAUGGAGACUUCAAAUGAAUUGCUCACCAGAAAACUAUCCGUUUUAGCAUCUACCACAUCAACUGCUGAUUACAAGAUUCUCAAUGGAACAACAGUUUAACCCUUACAUCCAAAAUGAAUGAAUGAGAAGGACUGUGCAAUGUGAAUGAGGUUAUGAUGCUUAGUUGAAUGCAUCAUAACAUUCAAGCUAAGCUGUUGUCUACUCAGUUUGUUUUAACCACGCUUCAAAUUUGAAACUCGAAUAUUGCAUUUUAUUGGUCAUUAAAGGCAGAAGGACAAUAGACAAUAGGUGCAGGAGUAGGCCAUUCGGCCCUUCGAGCCAGCACCGCCAUUCAAUGUGAUCAUGGCUGAUCAUCCCCAAUCAGUACCUCGUUCCUGCCUUUUCCCCAUAUCCCCUGACUCUGCUAUCUUUAAGAGCCCGAUCCAGCUCUCUCUUGAAAGGAUCCUUUAGUGUGCUCCAUUUCCAUGUUAAAAGGCUUUUGGCAGUUUUAGAUUUUUCCCAUCACAGUGGAAUUUAAUGUGAAAAUCUUGGAACCAGUAACACCUCAAAUAUUUGAUAGUUCAACAGCGGCUUGGUGUACUAUUUAUAAAGCAUUAUGCACUGU